AUGUUCCGCAGGGAGUUUGACAUCCUGCUGGACCUAGACGGCGCGGCGGGCGCCCCCAAGGUCUUGGGCACCAGCUUUGGGUUCCCCGCCAUGCUCACCACCUUCCGCGGCCAGAACACCUUCUGCGACCUGCAAAACCUUGCUCCCCGCGACACUGACAAACUGGCGGCCUUCGUGGCGCUGGCCCGGGACGUGCGGCAGCUCCACGCCCGCGGAUACGCCCACACCGACAUCAAGCCCGACAACGUGGUGCUGCACCAAGGCGCCGAUAGCCUCCUGCAGGUGUCCCUCAUUGACUACGGCUUGGCCAAGACAUUCGGCACAGGACUCCGCAACGCGCUCACGCACACGCACUGCACGCCCUGGAUAGCCCCGGAGCUGCGGCGCGGCGCGCCGUGCUCGCCCCCUGUGGACGUGUUCUCCCUCGGCUACGUCCUGAAGCGCGUCCUGGCCACGUGCCACACACGCGUUACCCCGGCCUGGAGUCUGGUGCCCCUGACUCUGCCGUGCAAUGCUGCGUUUGGCCAUCGUUCGUCAUGA